GCAGCAUCAGCACCGGGAGUAUUCGGGAGAAUUCGGGAGAAUUCGGGUGUCUCACCUGUUAGAGCCGCAAGUGAUACCCGAUCUCUCUGCCGGGGAAUCAGCGGAAGCUCAGGGAAGAGCCGGGACAUGAAUUACCUGAAGCGGCGGCUGUCGGACAGCGGGUUCCUGGGGUCACUGCCCAGCGGUUAUUUGUCUGACCUGGGGCGCCCCGAACCCCCACCCCAACCCGCCGGACACAGCGUCUCCCAACCCUCCGGCUUCUUCAGCUCCAUCAGUAGCGCCGUGAGACAGAGCGCGGCCCAGGCAGGACUCGGCGACCCCGGCGCCUCCGGGAAGGUUCGGAACCUGCUGGUCAUCGGGGAACCGCACACCGACUGGGCCAAACAUUUCCGUGGGAAGAAGGUGCAGGGGGAGUGCGAGAUCCGAGUGGAACAGGCGGAAUUCUCUGAUAUUAACCUAGUGGCGCAUUCAAACGGCAGUUACACCAUCGAUCUAGAGGUCUCCCAGAAUGGGACCAAAACUGUCAGGUCCUUUCGACCCGAUUUCGUGCUCAUUCGGCAGCAUUCCUUCAGUAUGGCCGAGAACGAGGAUUUCCGGACUCUUAUUAUUGGAAUGCAAUACGCCGGGAUCCCCUGCAUUAACUCCUUAGAAUCCAUUUACAAUUUCUGCGACAAGCCAUGGGUGUUUUCUCAGCUGAUUUCUGCCUGUAAGCUCCUGGGACCAGAGAAAUUUCCAUUGAUUGAGCAAACGUAUUAUCCCAACCACAAGGAAAUGCUGGCGAUGCCGACGUUUCCAGUCGUUGUGAAGAUUGGCCACGCACACGCCGGGAUGGGAAAGGUGAAGGUGGAGAAUCAUUAUGAUUUCCAGGACAUCGCCAGUGUUGUCGCCCUCACCCAGACUUACGCCACCACCGAGCCCUUCAUCGACGCUAAAUACGACGUCAGGAUUCAGAAGAUUGGAAGUAACUACAAGGCCUACAUGAGGACCUCCAUGUCUGGGAACUGGAAGACGAGCGCAGGUUCCGCCAUGUUGGAGCAAGUUGCCAUGUCAGAAAGGUACAAACUGUGGGUGGACACGUGUUCUGAAAUUUUCGGGGGGCUGGAUGUUUGUGCCGUGAAGGUCGUGCAUGGGAAAGACGGGAAGGAUUAUAUAAUGGAGGUAAUGGACUGCACUUUGCCCGUCAUCGGGGACCACCAGGCAGAAGACCGGCAGCUCAUUGCAGACUUGGUGGUGAAUAAGAUGAAUCAGCUUCUGUCCAAAUCUCCUCUGAGACCAACUGCAACUCAGCAACCUCAGACGGGGACCCCGAGUGAGUUGGAACCAAACAAAAUGACGGCCCAGCGCCCCCCGCCCCAAGGUUGCCUACAGUAUAUUCUUGACUGUAACGGUGUCGCCGUAGGACCCAAACCGGCUCAGGCUGUGUGACUAGUUGUGGCCGAGUGAUUGUAGCCAAAGUCUCGCUGUUUCUCCUGAUCCCGUGAUCCAGUGCUGAUCUGAACUGGGUUUUUCUAUUCAGUUUGUCCAGUUGUCCCAUGUCCUGUCUCUGCUUGUCUUGCACCCCAGUGACCCCAAUACCCCCCAGUGACUCUAAUACCCCCCAGUGACCCCAAUACCCCCCAGUGACCCCGAUACCCCCCAUUAGCUUGUGACAUUGGAGGGGCUUGCCGUGACCCCAAACCCAUAAAAGAUCCAUAGGUUCAUUUCAACCCCAACGUCCCCCAAUCUCAUGCCACCCCUAGGGUCGCCAUCUUUUCUAGAAAAAAAUACGGCCUUCCUAUGUAUUUAACUGUUUUCCCUAUUAGUAACAUUGGGAUCAAGCAUCAUUUUUACCGGCCAGGCCUGUAAAAUACUGGCCAAGUAGCCGCCCCCCGUUUGUCGUUUCCAUUGAUUCAGCUAAAGGUGUUUGUGCUCUGACCAUUUAUUUAUUCUCCCCAUAAACUGCAGCCCCUCAGCGUCGCACAGAAGAGCUGACACAAAACUUGCCUUUAUUACAGGUAAUUGGGAGUAACAACAAAGGCUGGGCCCGUGUUUGCCCAGUGUGGCCCCAGAGCCCUCUGUACCUGCUCAUUAAACCACUGGGACCUGUGAGAUAAGAAGGGACAAUACUCCAGUCCUGUUUAUUUUAUGGGCUUGGCUUCCGUAUCUGAAUGAUUGGCACUUUCUUGUAAGGGCAAGUUAACAUUAACUUUUAGUGCACUGCAGAGUCAGCUUCAACAUUUGCACUUGGUCGUCAUUAUUUAUUAUAAAAAGAUUUGGGGUGACUGAUUAUUUGUGCCCUGGGUACCCCUGGAAUUAUAGCAGGUAGACUGUUACCCCAAUGUUUCUAUAUAUCUGUAACCUUGUUAUGAGCUAAGGGGGCCCAGUCUGAAGGUCAGUUAGGGGGAGAUUUGGGGUGAGUGCUUAUUUGUACCCUGGGUACCCCUGGAACUAUAGCAGGGUGACACCCCAAUGUCUCUAUAUAUCUGUAACCUUGUUAUGAGCUAAGGGGGCCCAGUCUGAAGGUCAGUUAGGGGGAGAUUUGGGGUGAGUGUUUAUUUGUGCCCUGGGUACCCCUGGAACUAUAGCAGGGUGACUGUUACCCCAAUGUUUCUAUAUAUCUGUAACCUUGUUAUGAGCUAAGGGGGCCCAGUCUGAAGGUCAGUUAGGGGGAGAUUUGGGGUGAGUGCUUAUUUGUACCCUGGGUACCCCUGGAACUAUAGCAGGGUGACUGUUACCCCAAUGUUUCUAUAUAUCUGUAACCUUGUUAUGAGCUAAGGGGGCCCAGUCUGAAGGUCAGUUAGGGGGGAGAUUUGGGGUGAGUGCUUAUUUGUACCCUGGGUACCCCUGGAACUAUAGCAGGGUGACACCCCAAUGUUUUUAUAUAUCUAUAACCUUGUUAUGAGCUAAGGGGGCCCAGUCUGAAGGUCAGUUAGGGGGAGAUUUGGGGGUGAGUGCUUAUUUGUACCCUGGGUACCCCUGGAACUAUAGCAGGGUGACACCCCAAUGUUUCUAUAUAUCUGUAACCUUGUUAUGAGCUAAGGGGGCACCAGUGUUUGUAUAGGGUGUAGACAGGGAAUUCUGGGAGCUGUAGUUUGGAGAACUUGCUCAUCUCUCACCAUCACUCUAUUUGUCAGUCAUUGAUAUCAUGUUCCCAUAAGCCAUUGCAUCUCCAUGUGACACUCAAUGGGCCUGUGACUGAUCUCAGCAGACACAUCAUGGGGUUAACUGGGAUAUUGGAGGGUUAUAGAUACUCGCCCCAUUUCCACGCCCAUGAAAGGAGUCAGAGCCCCCAAUAAUGAUGCCAUGGGCAGUAGAUCAUUGUAGGUGCUGUUUCUGCCACUCUGGUACAAUGGGCCCUUUUUGAAUUUGUGUGGCCCUAAGGGGCCCGAGGCAAGUGAGAAUUUUGUUGUUGUCAUUGGAGGCCUCCUUGUGCCAUGUCAGGGGCUCAUGGAGGUACCACUGCAAAUGUUGGGGUGCAGUUAUCAUAUUAUAAAGGUGGGGUGGUUCAUAUAAAUCAAGGGGAGUUCUUGUAGGAAGCCAUUUUCUGGUACUGCUCCGUUUUUAGCUCUUUAGCAUGUUCUGGUUUUGUGUGAGACGGUCCUUGUAUUUCUGUUUGUACCAGCGCUGCUGUGAGAGCAAGAACAUGGGGGUGCCUGAUCUGAGGGGUUUAUGUGACAUCACUUGUAAAGCUUAACGUGCAAUAAAGAAAUUUACAUCUGC